AUGCAUCAUUAUGCGCUGGUUUCGGUCUUUUGUUUCCUCUUGACUUUCGGUCAUGUCCACGCGUCGGGCACCUACAUGGAUACGAGAGAAUUAGGCAUUGCUGAUAUCCCCGCAUGUGGACUCCUCUGCAUGAUCUCCACGGUUCCCGCGAGUGGCUGCUCCCUAGAUGAUACUGCGUGUAUUUGCAGCAACACAGCGCUUGCGGCAACGAUAUCAACAUGCAUGCUUGCGAACUGUACCAUGCAAGACAGUCUGGAGACCGCCAGGGUUCAAGCUGAUCUUUGCAACCUCUCUGAGGAAUCGCAGCGACUCGACAUCUUUAUGUGGACUGGUAUCAUAUAUUCCUUAGCUGUUGUCUUUGUAUGCCUUCGAAUCGCAGGCAAACUAGUGAACAAAAGGCUGGCGUUGGAUGAUUAUAUUGUCAUCUUCGCUAUCGUCUUCUGCGCAUUGCCUGUAGGAUGUGCGCUGGCUAUGACCGAGCGAGGCUUUGGUGAACACCUGUGGAACCUCGAGGACGGAGCGCUGCUACCCAUUCUCCGCUACUUUUUCGUAUGCUGGUCGACCUAUGUUGUUGUCCUUGGCCUUAUCAAGGUUUCCCUAGUCCUCUUCUACCUCGAGAUUUUUCAUACACCGAGCUUCCAUAUCACCGCUUACGUCGUUUUGGCCGGGAUUGUCAUCAACUCGAUCAUAAUCUUCUUCUUGACGAUCUUCAUAUGCAAUCCGAUCGAGUCUUUCUGGAAUCGAGACGUUAAGGGAAAGUGCUUAGACCUCCAGGCAAUCGCCUACGCGAACUCCGCAAGUGCCAUUGCGCAAGACUUCAUCCUUCUGGUCCUACCUUUGUUCUUCAUUCGCAAGCUGCAAAUCAAGCGUUAUCGGAAAUUUGCAGUAAGCUUCAUGUUUGCCAUUGGCACUUUCGGAUGCAUCGCGACUAUCGUCCGUCUCCACACUUUGACGAAGUUCAAAAUAUCUGUGGAUCCUACCUGGGAUUACGUUCCGGUCACUAUUUGGACGGAGCUAGAACUUGCGGCAGGGUUCGUUUGCGUAUCACUACCAUCCGUACGGAUAUUGAUGGUCAAACUGCUGCCUGAAAGCGUUAAAGAAUUCUUCUCUCACGUCACCCACCCUUCGAAACAAUCAAAACAAAGUAACUCGGAUCCAAAGCAUGCACUUCCGGUAGCACAGCAAGCACAAAAGGAGUGGUGCAAGCCUUCGGGCUGGAGUUGGAUCUCGCUGGGUGCUGAUCAAAGUGAGCCUCAGCUAGGUCCCAGGAAGAGUUUCAUCAGCGGUCGCUGGCCUUGGGUUGCAACGUCACCUCUCACUUCGCACUUCUCUUCGCAUACACGAACCGGCUCUCGUCGCCUGAACUCUGCGAUGAGUAAUUAUAGCGACGCUGGCGUUGUACUUUCUCGGCCUCCGUACGGUUACCAGAAGAAUGCUGUAGAACUGAACGAGGUUCCACAAGCCAAGUUUGGAGCUAAAGACAGACAUGACGACUUUGACGACGAAGUCACUGCGUUACCCGAUAUCGAGUGUCUACCCGAGCGAUCGUAUUCACAUGAGCGCACAAUCAGUCCCAAGAGACUAGCCAGAGUGUGGAGUCGCGACAAUCCUGUAUGA